UGCAGCCAGGCUGUGGCGUGUCGCUGCACGCUGCCGCCCACCACUGGCAGAUGAAGUAUAUCUGUAUGGCAUGCUCAGCUGUCAUCAUGACUCUCGACUCGUACGAAACGAAGAUCAUUGAGAUCCGCGAAGAGAUCAAGAGAAAGUUCAUGGACAUGCUGAAAAUACGCGCAGAAAAGUUUGGAGAGCUCCAGCCGAUGCCGGCACCGCUGCAGUCGCCGCUGGAGCGGCACGCGCACGUCAAGCGCGAGCCGCACGAGGAGGGCGCCGGCGGGCCCGACGAGCCGGCCGAGGAGCGGCUAGAGUGUGAGGUGGAGCUGCUGUGCGAGCCGCCAGCCAGCCACGACGCCUCGCCCGCCGAUGAGAGCGACCUCGUCUGCCCGGCCUGCAGCAAGCGCUUCCGCAACAAGUACAACCUGAAGCGGCACAGCACCGUGCACGCCGGCGUCAAGCCGUUCAGCUGCGAGUUCUGCACGCGCGCCUUCCGGCUCAAGGACCAUCUGAAGACGCACAUGCGGUCGGGCCCGCAGACGGCGCCGCUGGCGUGCGCGCCGUGCGGCCUGACAUUCCCCUGCUUCACGCUGUUCUCGGAGCACCGCCAGCAGUACCACAGCGACGGCGGCGACAACCCGUGUCGCCACUGCGAGCUGGUGUUUACCACGGCCACCGAGCUGCGGCGCCACUGUCGCCAGCUGCACCCGCACCCGGUGAAGCAGGAGUUCCGCUGCUCGGUGUGCGGCCGCGACUUCCCCAACGGCUUCAACCUACGGCGCCACCUGCUCGUCCACUCGGGCGAGCGGCCGUUCGGAUGCGACCUGUGCGGCAAGCGCUUCACGCAGCCGUCCAUUCUCAAGAAGCACAGCCGCGUGCACGAGAAGAAGCCGCCCGAGCUGAAGGAGCUGCUCACCUCCAUGUAG